AUGGGCCCUGGAGCCCGAGAUGGAGUUGGCCUCAACAAGCCAGAGGUCUGCCAGGAGGGCUACCUGUUCUCGGCGGUGGCCCAGUGGCUGAUCGCGCACCCCAAGGACUUCGCCGACGUCGACACCAUGAGCUCCAUUGCCAAGCGUUGGAACCCAACUAUGGAGAUGACGAGGGAUAUCCUCGUGGGCAGGGCUCCGGAGCUCGAUCCCGUGGUGGCGCACGACGUCGUCGAGAUAGCAGACGACAUGGAUGUCGACGUCGUUUCCAUCCCGUCCACCGAUAACGAGGCCCCCGAGGAGAAUCGACGCGAGAGCCCUGGAGAACGAGAUGCCGUUGACGGGGGCUUCCCUUAUACCUCGGCCAUGGGCCCCACGGAACGAAGUGCUUUCCGCAUGGCGUCGAUCAUCAAUCUUGGAUCGUUUCAACAUUCUGGCCUCCCGCGUCAACUCGACAACCAACAAUCAGGACCUCAUGAUUUCCUCGGAGCGCCUCGGGCCCUGCUGCUGGACGUGCUCGUCCUCAGCUGCCAGCCCAGCCGGCUGAAGAGGUCGAUGAAGACGAUAUCGUCGGCGCCACGAGUGCCUCUGGUACCCCCCAUCGGCCCUGACCUGACCGAGGACCCGAACGAGGGCCAUUUCGAGCUUCUCGUCGAUGUCUCUGAGGAGAUCGACCGUAACGUCCCUACGGGAAUGGCGGUCUCUCACGCGAAGGAGCUUCGCAACACCCAGGUCCGCAUUAUCUAUAACCGUCGGAAGACCGUGGUUAGCCUCGCCUCCCCCGCCCCUGCCUAUACCGGUGUCCCCACAAAGGACGACUUUGAUCUCCCUGUUGCGGUGUCGCAGGAGGUCGAUCGCGAGGCACUCACCAGCAUGGCCGUCUCCUUGGCCAAGACCCUCCGCGGGAUGAACGUUCGCAUUAUCUCCAACCGCAAGGUGAUCGUUAGCAUGGCCGACAAGGCUAUCAAGUUGUCGGACGUGAUCUUUGAUUCCGACCGGGAGUCCGCCCUCAAGGCGAACCUCCUCGAGGCGUUUAAGAUCCUCAACGGCGGGCCCCGUCGCCCCGGGCAGAAAAACGAGACCGUUGCCUUGAAGAUGCUCGAGAAGCACUUAGGCAUCUCGGCAGACGAUGUUCGCAGGAUCAUCGAGGCAGCCAAGCUUUCGUGGAUCCUCGCCUCCGUCUGGGGCCGUGACAGUGUCCCCAAGUCUACGGAAUCUGCGGUGCGCACCCUCUGGAGCACCGCUCUCGCCUCGAACAAUGACAUCUACGAUCUUGAGCAAACCUACAGAACCGCCGCUAACAAUGCGCAGAGGGCGCUCAAGCGCGCCGGCAAGGAGGCCCGUUCUACCCCCGUUAUCGACAGCGAUAACGACGAGGCAGCUAUAAGCUCCUCCCGCGCUACGUCUUUAUCCCGUAACGACGCUAUAAUCGCGCUUCUGCGCACCAUCCGCGACGAAGUACGCCGUUCGAACAACAUUCUAGCCGCGGUAUGGUCGCCCCGCCUGCGCUCCGUCUGCCAUAGGCUGCUCCGCGUCUGCACCUUCUUCCCCCGCUUCGAAGGCGCCAAAACCGUGUUCCGCGUCACCUAA